CUCGACAUCUUUCCAUAUCAAUUCGAUUGUCCAUUAGUUGAAUUAUUUUUACAAUUUUUUUUUUUUAAAACGUGCCUUUUGUAAACGAGCAGAGGAGUUAAGAAUAAAAUAUUUCCCAUUAUUUCGUUGAAUAAUACGAAUAACGCAAGUAUCCAAGAGAUUCCAUCGAAAUUCGAUACUUGCGAUGAAGACAGAGAAUAGGGUGGAAAUAAGCGGGACUUCAUCUGGAUCAAAACGAAUCGAAUUGGGUCGUAUUCGCACGAAGAGGAUCGCGUGUCUCGAUCCCCACACACGCGGGGAGACACGCGACAUAGCCUUUUGUUCACACGGACGAACGUAAUUUUAUCUAGCAAACGAAUACUCUGGACUAGACUUGUCUUUAAUUUAUUUUCAAUCAGAAUUUCCUUCGCGAGGAUCCUUCGCGAAACACUGGCGGAAAUGCUCGAGAAAUCGAAUUUUUUCCCUUCGAUCCGACUUCGUUCGUGGAUCGCAUCGCCUCAACAAUGUGAAAAACUAAUCAUCGUUCGAUCGAUCGAACUUUCUUUCAUCCAUUCUUAUUUUUCUUAUAAAUUUUGAUGCGAUGUCCGUUUAAACGAAACAAAUCAUCGCGUUUUUGUAUAUAUAUUUCUUAUAUAGCCGGGGGAAAUAGCGGAUAUUGCGUAAUUUAUGAAAAUUCCAAACGCCAAUUAUAAUAAUCAUAAUUUUAUUUCGAAAAAUCUAAGAUACUCCGUUAGAUGGUCCGAAACGCCUCUGAAUAAAUUAACUAGCCAAGUAACUUUCUAUAAAUCUAAUUUCUCCGAAAAUUCGAGUCAAACGAGAGAGAAUCGGGAGAAAAUAAGAAUCGUAAAUUAUCCGUCGGAUUAUCAAUUUCAAAAUGUAUAUUUAUAAAUUAUACGUACGUACUACGGUUCGUUUUAAUUAUGCGUCCAUGAUUCAUAUCAAACCGGCGAGAAUACAGGAAUUCACGCGUUAGAAGAACGAGGCACGUACGAGCGAUAUAAUUACAAAGAAGAAAAAAAAUAACACGUAUCGUUAUUUUUCACAUUUUUCCCCCCCUCUUCUUUUCCAUCUCGUUUAUUUACUCCACUCGACGCAGAAGGAUCGCAAAGAUACGAGAAACGAGUUAGAUCGACGAACGUGUAUAUACAUAUAUAUCUGAUGGCCUUAGUCUCUCGUAUUGCCACUGACUCUGACGACAUUUCCGACUGACCCAUAAAGCGACCGAGUCGAUAAGUUCAUCGAUCCAAGGAACGCCGCUCACUUGUGUGCGACGCGAAUUAAAAUCGGUAUACAGUGCCGUGAUAAAAUCUCUCGCGGUACCUUCUCGCGUACCACAUCCCGUAUGAAAAUCCCUCCCCGUCGAUGACAACGAUGGCACACACCGGUUGUAAAAGUAAUCUCGUUAAGUAAACCGAGAUAGAAGUAAUAGGAGCGUCGUUGCGAGAGAAGAGUUGCACCACGUUAACACCACGAAUGAAAGAACGAACGUUCGAGAGAGAAAAAAUCCAAUUUCUCAAACGGGAGAAUAGAAAAUAAGAAAAGUAACAAUAAUUAGAAAAGAGAAUGACGGAAAAGUAUCCACGGACGAGUAAAGAUACUGAAGAUAUUCCGGGAAUAACCGCUGCGAAAGAAGAAGAAGAAGAAGAGUAUGAUAACCGGAUUCGAGGCACCCCUAGCCACGGAGCAGCAGUCACCGUUGUCGGCCGCGCGAAGACGUCGGGCGCACGCGAGCACCCCCACAGACGCACAAAUUCCUGCCUCGGUGGGGUGGCGGUGUGUGUGGGCAUGUGUCCGCGCAUGCGACGUAACGGGAGUGGCUUGAUCGCUGGAGAAGGCUGGAGGAGAGAACGGUUCGCGGAACGGCUUCAGUGUGCCUAUUGCAGGGUUCCACGAGACAACUACCCCUCCCAUACAGCCUAACCAUCGUGGUUAUUGUCACGGUGGACGUGUAGGCGCGCAACUGCUCUCUCUCCCUCUUUCCGCCGACGUAGUGGCCGUUCAGCUGACUCGACGUAUUCGCGAGCGAGGGGUUGUCCGACUGCGACUUCGCCGUGUCCAACAUCAUCUCGAGCCACGGCCGUUUCGUCCACAAACGUGCGAACAACUCCUCGGCUAACCGUCUCCUCGGCUAGCAUCGAUCGUAUCCAUAUCGUGCCGUGUUCGACGCGUGAAUAUAGAAGCGUGUCCCUUCUUCUUCUUCUUCUUUUUCUCCUUCUCCUUUUUUCUUUCAUCCUCGCACGUACGCAGAGGGGUGUACGCGUCAGUGUCGGAGGGGGUGUGCUGGUGGCGAGUGUUGGAGAGAAACGCGUGUGUGCGUGUGCUCGGUGACACGAGGACAGAUGCGAGGUAACACGACGUGCGGUUUUCCUGGGGACAACCAGUCCGCUUCACGUCGUCGAUUCGCGCAAUGACAAUGGUAAGACGUCCCCGGGAUUGUCUCGCUAGGGGGAUGUGCUUUUGCUACCUUCCUUGACCGCGAUGGGUUAUACGCGUUCGUUUUAUCGAACGAUUCGUUCCUUCCUUCUCUCUUCGUGCAAUUUUUCUUCUUCUUUUUUUUUUUUUUAGUAUACAGGAUGUAUAGAAGGGAUAGAGGAGAAUGGAACGAUCGUGUAAUAAAGUUUUUGGAAAACGUAGCUUCUUCGGUUGGAAGAUUCUAUUCGGUGGGAGAGAGAAUCUCGUACACGGGGGUGGAAAUAAAAUAACGUUAGAAGGGUGGGAAAAUCGAUGUGUGCGUAUAUAACCAGGCUGAAUAGGAAUUGGAUAAAUAAAAAACGUUAAAGUUCGACUGGUGCUGUAAUUUCUAGUUUCGCGUUACGCGUCGAACGUGCGUGCGUGGUCUCGCGUUCGUAUUCGCGAGAGGGGGUUCGUGGGGUGCGUAGCAACCAUAUGCAAUCGUUUGUUGUCUAUUUCUUUUUUUUUUUUUCCAAUAAUCGUUUCAACGUUAAUUUUUCCUUUCUUUUCUUUCAUUUCUUCAUAUAUUUUAAUAAUACAUCGGAAUUUAAAAAUGUCUUUAUCUUAUUCGAGGCUUACGUAACGGCGAAAGUGAUCGUUUGUUCCGAAUUAUUAUAGUUUCGAUUUUGAAUAAAUUUUUCCACUCGUGUUCCACGAUUUCGAUUUUCUCUUUUCACGAAUCAUCUUUUCACCGAUGACGAACAUUUUCGUUCGAAAGGUCAGAGAUUUCGUAUAUACGUACACGGUAUUAUAUUCUUCGUGCGUCACACGGUUUCAAUUGAAACACACUGAUAACCAAUCGAUUCGUCCAAGUAUCGCGCAAAAUUCUUCUUCGUCGAAUCGAGCGCGUGUAUUACAGCAUACCGUCGAUGCAUCCGCAUUAACCGCUUUGUUAACAGGUGGUACACCUCGAUGCAGACGCGAUUAAGAAAAACUUACCCUUGAAAGAUAUAUAUAUAAUCAUCUCUUCCAAUCGGAAUCAUUUUCUCUCUUUUCGUAAUUUCAACAAAAUUAUUCCAUCCAAAGAAUCACGCGCGUCGACCAAUCACUUUUCUCGAGAAUUCGCACGCACACGAGCAACGUCUCUCCAUUCAUUAACAACAAAGGAGAAAAAGCGUUUGUAGGCGUGAUCGAAGAAAUUUCUCUCGAUAACGAAUCAUUAAAAAUCUAUCGAAGGUUGGCCAAUGAAAAGAGACAACACUCAAGACGUAAAUAAAUAAAGAAAUAUCUCCUAUUCGAUUUUUUCACUUGUACAUAUAUAGAUUAUAUACGAUGAUAUACGAAAUCGCGGUUUUAUUCGCAAUUCACUCGUGCGAAUCAACUUUUCAAACCGGCCGACAACCAUGACGUAUCCAGCCCGUCGACCACAUAACAGCGUGUUAUCUCGAAGGAGAGCGCACUUCCCUCGAGAUACGAGGCGCGCGUAACGCCGGCCAAUGUUAUUUUUAGAUACGAUUUCUUGCAUCGAGGUAAACGUUGCCAUCGGGAUUUCAGACACGUGAUAAAAAUGCGUCUCGCGCGAAACAAGGUUCGCGAUGGUCGGAGGUUCGCGGGCGUGAUCCCGAGAAAAUGAACGCAAGGUCGGCGGAUCAUGAAUCACGAGAACGGGUGAAAGGCGGGUGCACUGCGUACAACAAGAGGAGGCGGGUGAGGUGAAAGUGACGAUGAAGAAGAAAGAGUGGCGUUCCUAAUUGGAGAAUGAGCGGAUUUUUCAACUCCCUGAAAAACUUCGCGUCAGGAGCCGCGUACGCUGCCAGCUCUGCCUCCAAGUACGAAGAAUUGGAAGUCGAAGACACGAAGAUGAGAUUCAGCCUGACCCCGCAACCGGGAGAAAGUGGUUUCAUACAAUGGCUGGACGCGAUGAAAAUGGUGGCCAGGUUACCAGGAGGGAUUCCGUCGGAAUUUCGAAAGAAGUUAUGGCUGACGCUGGCGGAACGUCAUCUGGAGCAACGCGGUGUGGAUUGGAAGCAGGCUGAAAAGAUCUGCUUCAACGAGUGGAGCAAUCCUGACGAUGAAGAGCUCGGUAUACAAAUCGUUAAAGAUCUACACAGAACUGGGUGCAGUCUGUUUUGCGGCGCGGCUGGCAGGGACAAUCAAGCGGUGCUCCGCCGGGUUCUGCUCGGCUUCGCCCGAUGGAACAAGUCUGUCGGCUAUUGCCAGGGCUUGAACGUGUUGGCCGCCCUCGUUCUGCAAGUUAUGGAUCGGGCCGAGUCCGCGGCCGUGAAAGUGAUGAUCUACUUGAUAGAGGGUGUCCUGCCCGAGGGUUAUUUCGCGGACAAUCUUCGCGGCCUGUCGGUCGACAUGGCCGUGUUUCGAGAUCUGCUGCGGGCCAGGCUGCCCAAGCUCUCGAAACACCUGGAGGCGCUUCAGAACGACGCGAAGGACAAGGCGACAGGCAGCAGUUACGAACCACCUUUGACCAAUGUGUUCACGAUGCAAUGGUUCCUCACUCUCUUCUGUCAUUGCCUGCCCCAAGAGGCUGUCCUCCGUGUCUGGGAUCUGAUAUUUCUCGAGGGGGACGAGAUAUUGCUAAGAACCGCGCUCGCCAUAUGGGAAGGACUCUCCGAUCGUAUCAUGACGGUCACAUCGGCGGACGAGUUUUACAGCAUAAUGGGAGUGUUGACGAGAGAGAUGCUCGAGUUCACGGAUACCAACAAUCUCAUAAAGAACAUCGUCAGUAUGGGAGCUCUGCACGGCGUGACAGGAUUGAGGGAGAAGCACAGAUACAAUAUCACGCCUUGGGCGAGGAAACUUAGCGACGACGACGACAGCGAUACCGAGGAGGACGAAAGGUUGGCCGUGGCCGCUGCCAUGUUCAGCAUGGCGCAACGGUUGAAGAAAGAUCGUAUACCGCAAACGCUCGGAGCGCUGCAGGCCAUGGCACCCAGCAGCGAUCGAGAACGACUCGCUUUGGAUAUUAGCACGUUGAAACAGCAAUACGCCAAGCUGCGUGAACGGCAACGACAGGCCCAUAUCAUACUUUCGGCUGCAUGUGCAAGGCAGACCAUGGUACCACCUCCUACUUCUCAGGCCAUGAAUCAUCUUUUAGUGGGCAAAAGUGCGCUCGUGAGUGGGAAGAAUCGUCCCUUGACUUUAUCUUCUGGCGCUGCGUCGACCAAGACGAGACCUACGAGUUUAAAUCAAAACCGAAGGGAUAAACAGGGUGUCACGCUUCAUUGGAAGGACACGAAAAAACCCAAGCAGAAACCUUCCAACGCAUCAGAACCGGUCGAAAGCAAAGUUGUCACGCCACAAUCCACGGAAUCCGACCUAUCUCCAAAGCACAGCAACGUUGACAGCGACAGCGACAGUACGUCGACGGAAUUGUGCGACGAGCCAGAUCGUUUGAGCGACGUUGACAGCGAGGAUCUGACCUCAGCAUCCGAAUCCUAUACCGUUGGAACGGACGAGGAGAAGAGCUCUCGAAUGGAUGGUUCGCCGAUCCCCGAGAAGGGAUCCUCGCUCGAUCCUCGUCCGUUCCUCGAGGAGGGAGACGAGCCGCCAAUCGACAAGACAGACGGUUCGAAAGAAGAUUCGAAAAUUUGCGAGGAGGGUUUGGCCGACAUGUCGAUCGCCAAGAUUACCGAUCAAAUAAGACGGUUAUCGGCAGAGGAUGACAAUAAUUCCAUGGUUCCUCAAAUGUUCAAUAGCGCGCAGGGCAAAGAAUCGUCUGACGAGCAAUCGAAAGAACUGGACGCGAAGAAAUCGGCGCCUGACCUGUCCGCGGAUAUCUACACUUCCGACACUUCAGCAACAAGAAAAUCGUCGGUUUUGAACGACUACGAUUAUUCCAAUUUCUCGGCUGGCACCCCGAUCACUUCGAAGCAGGAUGACGUACGCAAAUCUAAACGGACAAUGGAUCCGGAGAUUGUCGAUCGAAACGAAAUUACGACCAAGAUCGAGAAAGAUCGAAUCGAGGACAGAAUCGUUGCGAACGCGAGCGUAAUUGAACACGAUUGUUCGAGCGUGUAUUCGGAUUAUUCGAUGGAUAAGUACGAUAAAAUUCCAGACAAAUCGUCGACCCUCGAUCUGGCAACGAUCGAGAACGAAAUUAAAUCGGACCGUUUCAAACCAUCCUACGAUUUCUCGAGCAGAAUGUCGUUGGAAUUGGAACCGUAUAAAACCGGUUUAAUCAUCGAUGACACUUCGAGUGAGAUCUCGGCGAAUAAAACGGAGAAUAAAACAGGUCUCUAUGGCAACACUUACGUCGGUCAUCUGCCCAUCUCUCCGAUCACGGUCGAUCAAAAGUUGAACAGAAUAACACCGACCAAACACGAGACUCGCAGCAUCGUCGGAUCGAUUCCCGACCAACCGGCGGCCAAGACGAAACACCUGGAAACAUCUCCCAUCGAGAGAACGCACACCGUUGGCUCAACUUCGUUGGAGACCUCGUUGGAGACCUCGUUGGAGAAGAUGGUAUCGUACGAUCGCAUCCAGAUACAAUCCGACCAGACGAAGACGUACGCUGUGGAUCUGGCGAGGAGUCCCGCCAAGACACCCGAGAGCAACAAAUCGUUCAGCUCGGGCGAAACGAUGGGGCCCGACUCGAAACCAUCGAGUUUGACCGUUAGCCCAAGAAGCCCGGUCGGAUCGGACUCUCGAGAUUUUUCCAUGGACAAAUCGGUGUGCUCGUCGGUCAGUUCCGACUCGAAAACGUUGGUGCUUCGCUCCGUCGACUCCGACGGGACGAAGGACAGCGGGUGCAGGACGGAGACGAGGAAAAUGUACGAGAUGUCCAGCUCGACGACACCUGUCAGCAUGGAGGACUCGUUGAGGAACAACAAGUCCAUCGAGGCGAGCCCGGCGAAGCUGGUCGUGAGCAGUUCCAGCGAGUCGUGCAGCCCGAGCAAGCUAAAGUCUUCCGAGAGGUCGUUCAGUUCGGACCUACAAUCGCCAAUAAGUGCCAACUCGAUAAAGUAUACCUCGAAUUUCGCUAGACGGGGCCAAGACGACGUGUCGGCCUCGCCCAUGGAUCUCAGCUGCGCCACCUCGCCCUUCUACCCGAUCUCCAAUCCGAAUCAAAAGACCCCGACCUCGCCUUACAGCGUGUCCAGGCGGAGGUGCAGCUUGGACAGCAGCGAGACCUCGCCCGAGCAGAAGUCCAGGGACAGCUCGAGGGAGUCGAGCAAGUUCCUAGGUUCCUGCUAUCAGACCAAAUUCGACUCGUUGAAAUUGUCGUCCGAGAUCCUCGACAACGAGACGAUAGAUGACACGGCGGGGUCACGAAAGGGGGAGAGCUACGCCAGAUCGGCGGAGUUGAGGAUGCGCGAGGAUGCAUCGGCUACGAGCUUGACGGACAGAAGGAAAGAAAGCGACGAGCGCGUCAAGUAUUAUCAAACGACGGCGACGAGCACCGAUUAUUACGGAAAGGAAAAGGACGCGUACGAGGAUGGAGGGGACGAUCCUCUGUCGGAGAAGGACGUGGUUCCCUCUUUGCCCCAGGAGAAAGCGUUGGACAAGCGUUACUUCAACUAUCGUUACAGGGACCGAUCGAAAUUGUUGGAAAGAAGUUCGAGCAGUUUGGACAGCAGGAGAUACGCCGACAUGAAAUCGUCGGCAUCCGCGGACGAGUUCACGACCACGAUCGCGAAGAAGAGGUCGAGCGACAUUUUGGAGGAUAUCAAGCAUCUGGAGGCGAAGGCGAACGACGGGAUGUCGGAGAGCGGGAUGCUGACGAGGAAGACCGGCUACAUCUGGGAGGAUAUAAAGAGUUUGGAAGCGAGAAGGCAGGAUACGUUCAGUAAUUCAGCGAGAAAUUUCUCCAAGCAUCGUCUGGGUACGAUACCCGACAUCAACGUGACUGGCGAGGGUAGAAAGUCGUACGUGGUGCAUCCGAGGAUCAACAUCGACGAGAACAGCGACAGCAUAUUGAAAAGCGUGAGCUGCGGCAAGAGCAACGACGCCGACGACGGAAGGGAGUCCAAGCUGGGCGUGUGGACCAAGGUGAAACCGCGCAAGAAGAGCGAGAACGGGCGAAGGAACAGCGACAGGGCGUUGAAGAUCAUUCAAGAGAACUCGGCUAUACUUCAGAAAAUUCUCGCUUGCCAAGCGAAGAAACGUUUGCCGGAUCUCGAAGAGAUCUCGAAAGAGAUCACCAUCAGCCCGAUAAACGAGGAAAUCUCCAAGAUAUUCAGCCCGAUAUUGGAGAAGAUGGGAUUGAACGAGCACGAGAUCAACGAGGAAUUGGCGCGGAUCAAUUUCAAGGACUUGGACAACAUGACCGCCACGAGCGUGUCCGAGUUCGACGCGAAGAUCAACGAGGAGUUGUCCAAACUCUCGCUGAUCGACGAAACGGAACAGAUGGAUCACUUCGACGUGGACGAGGCGAUAUCCCACGAAUACCUCGACACCAGGGAGGCUUUGAUCGAUCGCAAGAUAAACGAGGAGUUGUCGAAAUUGUUGGCCAACUACGACGAUCGUUCACCGGCGAGUAUGGUGACGCUGGACAAAGGGCCGUCCAGUCAAAACACGAGCGAGAUCGAGGGGCUUGAUCUUUCCAGCAUCUCGACCAACGUCUUCUCAUAUAAAUCGUCCAACGAUUCGAUCGACGCGAGAAGCGACUUGCCCUCGACCCAGGAACCCUCGAUACCAUCGUCGGUCGUCGACAAGUAUUCCAAAUACACGGAAAACGUAUUACCGUACACGGUAUCGAAAUACCAGGUGGACGACUCGUCGCCCAAGAGCGACAUAGACAUCUACAGAGAGUUGGAGAAGCUGGAUAAAAUCUCGUCCGCGCAAGUGUUACCGGAUCCUAGCCUGGACCUUCCACCCCAAAAGGAAUUGUCUUCGAUACCGUACGUCCCCAACAAAUCUCCUUUCGCUGACGUGCCAUCGUUGAGGUACACCAAACCGGUUCAAUACAUGGACACCUCGCCCCUCAACACCUCUUACGACCCUUACAACACGUUCGACUAUAAGGCCAACUUGUCGCCCAACAAACACUCCGUCUCUAACCCGUUCGCGACGACGGGCUCGUACGAGAAGCCGCCCGUCGUCGAAACGUCAGCGUUCGAGUACAUCAACCAUAAACCGGAGAUAUCGAUCAACGCGUACGACCUGCACCUCAAGAGUCCGAUCAUGACCAAAGAGUCGUUGGAAUUUCGCGUGAGAUACGACGACGAGCCGACCAGACAAGUUGGCGCCGAUUCCUUCGCCUCCCUUCAAUCUUCAGACGUUAGAUCCAUCUCCAAUAAAUCUCCUUACUUCAGCAACGGAAACACGGAACCGUUGACGCCCACCAAGUACCAAGUUUCGAAAGAGGAGAGAUGCCCGAAAGACGCGACUACCACCGCUCCUCCCUCCUCGUUCCUACACGAGUCCUACGCGAGCGAAUCCUCGAACACGCUUCGCCGCAAAUACGACCCGUUGUCCCCCAAGGAAUAUUCCCACGCAAAGAGCACCGACUACGAGCACAGACACUUGAGCAGCACGUUGCCCUCUCUGGACACGGGGGCCGACUCGUCGGAAUCUUACUUACCGACGAGGGUGGCGCACACCAGGGAUUACCACAGCCUGUCUCCGAAUCGUCAAUUCGCCGACAAGCAUUUCUCCUCGACCGUCAAUCACUACGCCUCCAAACUUUCGCCGAGUUUGUUAACCGACGAGUCGAAACGGCCCGUCUCUCAUCCGGAAUUCCCCGGCAAGAUGAACGUUGGAAAGUAUCCCGAGCUGCCCGACCGGGGUCCAACCGGUUACAAGAAAUCGUCUCUGAGCCUGGGCAACAUAGGGCACUCGAGCAAAGACGAGAGCAAUUACAAUAACGCCAUGACCAGCCCCAAGACGCAGUUCAGCCCGUUCCCCGUUAGAAACGCUCCUAGAAAGCCCAAAGAGCUUACCCUCAAAUUGGGCCUGUACUCGCCCAAGAGCUCCGAUCUGGGACAAUUGAAGAGAUCUUAGUGCACGAGGAUAAUUAUCGCUUGUCAUUUCUUCUGUUACCUUCCUCGCACGAUCGAUGAACGAUUGUUUGUUUCCUUGUUGAAUCCUGUCCUGUGAGAAACUGUGGUCGACCACGAUUGCUAUAUCGAAGCGGGCCUAAAAAUGAUCCUUUUGCUGUGACUCACGUUGCCAACGGCCGAAUUUACACGCGUUUACGAAAUUUAAUGCACGCAUAUCGAUCGUAGAAAUUGCGGGCGCUUGCCUUCGUCCGACGCAUACACAAACGUACGAAUAUUGAUGGAGAAAUACUCGCAAACGUUUUAAAUCGCCUACGCUUCUAAGCGCGAUGUACCGACGAUAAAGAGACGAUGCGUCAUCAGAAGGAACAGGUAUCCCGACACGAAAGAACAUCGUUGAACAUCGUUGACCUAUCCAUCAUCUAUCAAUCGCGUAUUCAACCUCCUUUAACGUUAUGUAAUCGUGUAAAUCGUUUUCCCCCGGAUGUUUAUAGUUUACGAACGUUGAUCAAUUACACAGACGAGUUUUUUUACCGAGUUCUGCUUCAUACAGCUUGACACAAACACACAUACACACACAGAAGAAAUCUCUCCCGUAGAGAACAAAUAGUGAUAAAGAGAGAAAGUAUGAAAGAGAGAGAGAGAGAAGAAUGCGUGAGAGACAAGAAUGGAGAGAAAGCUUAAAUGGAAUAACGUAGAAAUCCUUGGCGAAAACGUUUACCCGUGCGAUUUCUAAUGCGAUUGCCUUCAAUCUCCCUCCAAUCACUCAGAGAGAGAAAAAGAAAAAAGAAAAAAAAACCUCGUUAUCGCGUCUCGAUUAUUCGGUAAAUUUGCGAUAAGUAGUCCGUGGAAGCGCACCAAGCUUACUGGAAAAGAGAAGAGAGAGAGUGAAAGAGAGAGUGAGAGAGAAAGAAGAAGAAGGAAAGAGGGAAACGUUAAGAAAAUGCCUUCCAUUCCUUCGAACGCGAUUCGCAUUACCACGGUGUAAUCUCUCUCGCGUGCGAUCGUAAAUCAUCCCCACUGAUCGCCAAGAUCGCCGUGGUAACGUGAAAUUUCCUUCGAACAGAUACAAUAUAUAUAAACGCAUAUAUAUAUAUCCAGAGAUUGUAUAAAAUUAUAGAAAUUGUUACGACGAAGUCGCGAUGUAGAGCUUAAUUUGUCCGUACGUUUUUCCGCAUAAGGAACCCUAGUCAUGCAGUGAAGGGGGGGGCGUAUCGUUUGAACUAAGGAUCAAGCACCAUUAUUCGGGGGCUGGAGACACGAAAGGGGCAGAAAAACAAAUUGUACAUAAUUAUAUAGACGUUAAUUGUACAUUGUUGAAGCGAAAGAAGGGGGAUGAAACAAGGGAGAAAGGAGAGAACUUGAGAGAGAGAGAGAGAGAUCUUUUUAUAUAAAAUAAAAGUAGUAUUUUUUUAGAUGUUUCUAAUACGAGGAGAUACUCGUACCUUCAACAUUAUCGAUGAACGCGUACGAUAACAAUAACUGGAAAUGCUUGUCGCGAGAACAUCGUUCUUCUUGCAAAAUUAUUCGUUCGUUCUGAACUGCGAAGAAGGCACAAUCUCUUUGUUUCGAAAAAAAGAAAAAGAAAAAGAAAAAAAAAAAAAGAAAAAAAAAAUUUAAAAUAUGGUCUAUAAGGGAAUUAUUAACGGAGAUAUUUUUAAUUGAAUUAUUAUUAAUUAAGUUACUUUUUAUAUACUACGUAUAUCUUUUAAGCUAUGUAUAUCUUUUAUAAUAUCUAUCUAUACACAUUAUGUAUAAUCUAUUAAGGAUAACACGAAUCUUGUUAAACUCUCGAUUCAUAUUUUAUAAAGUUUCGUUCUAUUGUAACUUGAACGAUGGUUUAAUAAUCGAUAAUAAUCAAGAAAUUCGGAGUUCGGAGUCGUCACAGGGUCGUCGGGACGUGUGACACGUGUGGCGGGAGGGAGGGGAAAUCUCGAAUCUCUCGUACAAGCGAAAUUAAACGAAAUAAUUCCGCGGAAAGAGUAUUAUAUAGAGCAGAUAACCUGCAAUUUAUUUUCAUCGGCUUGCAUACAUAGAGAUAUAUAGAUGUCGGUCUGUCGAUCAUUACGUCCAAUUUAAUCACCCGAUGGCAGGUAGAUUCGUCAAUUCGCGAAAAUCGGUCGGCGUGAAGAUUUUUAUACGCGCCGUUUAAACUCUCGAGUGGAAUAAAAAAAAAAUAAAAAAAAAAAAAUAGUUCAAUAACCGAGUUAACCCAGAAGAGAGCAGAAGCGAGGAGAGAUCGUCGACAAAAACAAAAAUUGUUUCCAAGUAGCUGCGUUAAUGUGCCUCUACGAUCAUCCGCGUCUAACGAUUAAAUUAACAACGACGUAUCGAGAUUUUUGGACGGAAGAAAAAUUGGAGGAAAGAAGGAGGACAAGAAUUUUUGCGCGAUGGAAAGAACCAAAGAUAAAUAUCGGUUGUUGUGUCCUUGUCUCUCUGUACAUCGGUUAUGAUAUAUACAUAUAAGGGAAAAAAAAGGAGAAAAAAAAGAAAAAAAAAAAAAAAAAAAAGAAAAAAAAUCUCGCUUCUAGAACAAAAUUUUUAUGCGUGUUAUGAACUAGCUUCUAGGGACAAUUCCACGCUGACUCAACUACGCGGAAAAGAGAAUGAUUUUGCGAUUAAUUGAAAUAUACACGUGGAUCAUCGCACGCGAAGCUUUGCGCCAAAUUUUGCACUCGAUUAAAAAAAAUAAUGCGUAAACCUUCUCUCUCGCGUAAUGAAAUCUCUCGUGUCGUACGAGUUUGCAUCGUUUGCACGAUAUUUAGAUCCGAUGUGGACCGACCGAUGUGCGAUUUUGUUGCGAUUUCGUAAUUGCGCCAUCCGUCAGAUUUGUGAUCGCCGCCUGUUUCACCGUUCAACUACUACUACUACUACACGUAUUCGUAACGUAUUUAACGGAAUAUCGAGGAUGAAUAUAUUUAUAUAUUUUAAAUAACAAAAGUGAGACAACAGAAGUAAUAAUUAAUUAGAAAUAAUUACGAGCACAAAAUAUAUAUUAUAUUUGAAAUGAUAAUAUAUAUUUAAAAAAGAAUGCAGCUCUGUUGUAACUAAAGUAACAAAAUAAUUCUAUUAAAUUUACAUUAACCAUCCGCGUAUUUGCCGUCACGUUAUCGCUAAUAAACGCCUCGUUGUUAACAUAUGCAUGGCAUACGAUUAUCGCUUGAUGAGCAAAAUAUUCGUGUCAUUAUCGAGAGAGAGAAAGAGAAAGAGAGAGAGAGAGAGAGUACUGAUACCGUGCUAUUAUCGUUAAAUGGACACGUUUCUAUUAAAAUGCGCGAACAAUGCUCCGAUGCUUUUCACGUUGUGUACACUAUCAGAACAGGCGACGACUUUUACAUUUCUAAUUAAUCGUUUCGAUCGCGUCAUUAUCACCAUAUAUAUACAUAUAUACGUAUAAUUUUCAACCAUUGAAAAUACAAAUCUGUAAUAGAAAUCUGUUUCAGUUACCGUAUGCUAUAAUUACAUAUAUAUAUAUAUACAUAUGUAUUAUCGAAAUCGUAAUAACGUCGCAUUUCUAGUUCGCAUCGAGUUUCAAAUUACGAUAUUUUCACGACCACAACGGGGACGAAAACGAGGAAUCGCCGCCUAUAUGUAUAUAUAUAUAUAUAUAUAUAUAUAUAUAUAUAUAUAUAGAGAGAGAGAGAUAUAACCGUCACGUUCUUCCGGUGACGAGCAGCCAAAUCCGCUAGUGAACCGAAUCGAUAGCGAUUCGGAAAGCCACUGCGAGGAAUAGAAAGUAUUCGUAAAAAGGUGCUUUAACGAGAGGGCGUUUUUCGUUUUUAUUCGGGGCGUUAGAUGAAACCAAAGGUAAAGAAAAAAAAAAAAAAGAAGAAAAAAAACUAUCUAGAAACUUAGUAAACUCGGUUAACGAGUCUCGGUUCGAAGAUCAAUUAGUGCGUCAUCGUGGAAUGAUAGUCGUUCUCGAAAGGCGGAAAGGAAAUAGGCGUCGUCGUUUCGUUCUCGUUUUUCAAUUUUCGAUUUGACACUCGGUUCACUUCGUUUGUGACAACGUUUCCCGGAUAUAUCAUAUCGUUGAUCCGACAAUAUGACACGCGUUCCCUUUUAUUCAUUUUCUAAGGUUAUUUGUCAACAGCGCGGAAGCAUUUUUUAACGUACAUAUUAAAACACGAAAUUAUCGUAUUAUUACAUAUAUAUAUAUAUACAUACAUACGUAUACAUAUGUAUUACAGAGUGAUCGAAGUUUUUUCUACGCAGGUAAUCGAAGAGAAAAUUAGUUGAAGGGGGAAGGGGGAGUAGAAGAAGAAAAGAGGAUGCAUUUUAGAGAGAUGUCGCCUUCGUGUGACGAUCGUCGCGAACCGUGAUGCGAGGGCACGCGAAUCCUAUUAGAAAAAAAAGAAAAAAAAAAGAAAAAA